UACUAUUAAUUUUAGUUAAAAGAAUUAUCCUGUUCCACAAUGGCGAGGGUUGUUCGGAAUCUUCUCUUCCGCUCAUCCGCCGUUCCGCCACCGUUCAAAUUCCACGACCUCCGUCUUCCCGGCAGCUUUAGUUUCUCCAAUUCUGCUUCAAUUCGCAGUAAAGCUCGCAAAAACAAAGGCAAAAUCUUGGAGAAGAGCAGCAAUAUUAGUGUAAUUAACCAAAGCAAGCUUUCACAAGUGAAGCGACGGACUCGGUCGGAGAAAGAGCUGGAUGAGGAGGCGUUCCUGAAGAACUAUGGAAAUGACAAUUCUGCCCAUGUCCCUGUCUUGCUCGGUGAAGUUUUGGAUGUAUUCACCUCCGUUACUCUCCGCUCUUUCCUUGAUUGUACUCUCGGUGCCGCCGGCCAUUCCUCUGCGAUAAUUCGAGCUCAUCCCGAAAUGCAAGUAUAUGUUGGGCUUGAUGUUGAUCCCAUUGCGCAUCAAAAGGCUCAAUCUCAGCUGAAGAGUAUUAUAGAUAGGGACUCUUUUGAUACGGUUUCUGCCUUGAAAGUGCAUACCUUUUUGAAAAAUUUUAAGGACGUCAAGUCUGUGCUUGGUGAAGUUGCAGAUGACUUAUUGAUUGGUGGAGUUAAUGGGAUCUUGAUGGACUUGGGUAUGUCAUCUAUGCAGGUAAAUGAUGCUGGAAGAGGUUUUAGCGUGCUGAAGAAUGGACCUCUUGACAUGAGAAUGAAUCCAAAGGCAACUCUAAAAGCUGAAGACAUAUUGAAUUCUUGGCCAGCUGAUGAAGUAGGGCGAGUUCUGCGAGAAUAUGGAGAAGAAAGCAAUUGGUACUCUCUUCAAAACAGAAUUGUUAAGGCUCGUCUACAUGGAGGGUUACAUUCUACCAAUGAGCUGGUAGACCUUAUUCAGAAUUCAACUUCUAGGACGAAAGGAAGGCAAGGUUGGAUUAAGACCGCGACAAGAGUUUUUCAGGCUUUGCGGAUAGCUGUUAAUGAUGAACUCAAGACUUUGGAGGAUUCCAUCUGUGCUUGUUUUGAGUCUCUCAGUUCUGGUGGUAGGCUUGCCGUAAUUUCAUUCCACAGUUUGGAGGACAGAAUAGUAAAGCAGGCAUUUCUCAAUAUUAUGAACUGCAGUGAAGUUGAUGGAGGUGGGGUUGAAGAUGAAGAAGUGAAGCGCUUACGUGAGCUGAGGAAAAUUAAUCUGGAUACUGUUAAAGAGGAAGCAUGGAUUAAACAGGUGAUACAAGGACAAAAUGGAACUAUCCUUACAAAAAGACCCAUAACACCAUCUGAAAAGGAGGAAACACUGAAUCCUCGAAGUCGGAGUGCUAAACUAAGAGUGAUUCAGAAAGCCUGAAUAAAGGUGGAUUUCAUAGACGUAUUGGACCUUAAGGAGAUCUUUCACUCUCGAAGAUGAGGGGCUUUACCAAUUGUUCAACAUCUAAAGUUAAGUAAUCACAACUUUUUCUUGAUCAUCCUUCAGCUUUAUUCGUCAUGAAUAGUUUUCCUCACAAGUAAUUAAGCCUUAUGAAGCUCUAGCUCCUCUGGACUUGUCAUACAUUUCAAUGAUUCACCAAUUUGGUACCACAUUCCGAUCAGCUUAUCAUCACAUUGUUCGAUCAAGGAAAUGGGGGUCCUGUAUUUACAACUAUAAAAGAUUGUUGUCCUUACUGUCAAAUUAAAGCUUGAAGGUUCAAGCUUGCACCUUGAUAUGCUGCAUUCCAGAAACACCAAUCUGUAGGUUACUGGUGAUCCUCGACGUGAUACUUAUUGAGUAGGAAAUUUAUGAUUGAGGAAAGUUUCAACCCGAUGCAAGGAAGGAACUUGACUGUCAUUCCAAGCUCUUAAAUAUGUUUUGAUUCCGAGUAGUUCAGAUUAUCCCUAGGGUUCGAACAUUUGAAAUCAGCGUUCUGGAUAUGCGGUUUUGUAGCAUGAGGUUUUGAUAUAUGCUUUACUUGCUUAUACUUGAAACAAGUACCUCAUUGAGUGCUUUGUAUUUUUACAAAUUUUCACUAUUGGCAUAUGGUUUCAUUUCUGUACUACGUUUCUCUAACCUGUGUUUCUUUCAAUUGUUGUGUUUAAUGUGCUUUA